UGUAUACUCAAAAUUUUGGAAUGCCGAUGGGCAAUCCUCUUUCGCCAACAAUUGCUGACAUUAUCAUGGACAACCUACUUGACAAUACCAUCGCGGAGCUUAAAAACAAAUACAAUAUUGACAUAAAAUUUAUAGCGAAAUAUGUGGACGACAUCUUUGCAAUAAUAAAACUAAACGACGUGAACAAGAUUCUAGACACACUAAGGGCCGUUUGCACCAUCUCCAGUUAAGUUAGCAUUUAACUAGAGGAUAGCUAAUCUCCAGGUACCUUGAUUUGACAUUCUCGUUUUCACCAAGCUCAGAUUAGCCGACCUCCAGUUAAUUCGAUAAUUGUGAAUAUUUUGUAGAACAAUUCACAAAAACCCAUUGUGAAUGCUCAUAAAUGGGCAAACCAGCUGUGUUUUGUUUACAUUUUUGACGUGCCAUUGUAAAAAUAAAUUGGUUUUUGUGAUAAGUGUGGACUUUUAAGAUUUAUAUAGAAGAUAAUGGAUGACAAAAAGAGAAAUCGUUUGCCAAAUUUUACAAGCGGCGAUGAGUCUCCUCUUAUCACAUUGGUCGAGCGGUACGCCAAUAAAAUAGAAAAUAAAAGAAGCGACGCAGUUUCGUGGGAAGAGAAGCGAAAAGCGUGGGAAGAAAUUGACCUUAAGUUUGAGUCCCAAACUGGUAUCAGGCGCGGUCCUAAAAAUUUGCGGGAGAAGUACGAGAAUAUGAAGAAGAGAACCAGGAAGAAUUUAGCCGAUGAAAAGAGGGAGCUAUAUAAGACUGGUGGGGGCCAGUUUCAACACCGACCGGACAAAAAUACGGGCAGGCUAGCUACGCUCAUGGGCCAAUCUGCAACCGGCUUGGAAAAUUACGUAGACAGCGAUGCAAUAGUCACUUAUGAACAAGAGCCUGAGUACUUGGACGAAUCUAUGCAGAGCUGUACGGUAGAACAUCUGGACGCGGCAUUAGAAGCUAAAGAACACCGCGCCGCUCCUAUGCGACAUCCACGCUACUGCUACUAUGCGACGUCGGCGGUACGGUGUCGGCGCUGUGCUGCUACGCGACGUCGGCGCAACUCUGUCAGCGCUCUGCUAGUGGACGGCGUCGGCGCUCUACUGCUACGCGACAUCGGCGCUCUGCUACUAUGCGAUGUCGACGCUACUGCUACUAUGCGACGUCGCCGUUACGCGGGCUUGCGGUGGACUGAGGUGUGGCGGCACUCAACCCCUGAAUGGCCAAGCCUGGUAUUGCGAACAGUGUACAAGUCAAAGGCCCUUCACUAG